AUGACCAUAUUAUGGUCGUUCGGAGGAAACUGGAUGGCCUUGGCUGAAGUGUUCCACAUGGAAGCAUACGGAAAUAUUCGUAUCUAUUCUGACAUCGAGACUCCUGGGAGCGAAAGUCAAUUUCGCUGGUGCAGCUGGCAAUUUUCCAUCGCGCAUUACCACUUCAGGCUUCAUAAACUGCGGGUUUCUUUGGGCGAUAUUUUACCCUUCAGCGACAACUAUCCUGAAUUGGAGAAGCGCAAGGUCGGCGGAGCGAACAGAAUUGGCGGAGAUGUGGUUGCGGGAGCGCAGUGGAUUAUAUGACCAUAUAAAGGCCAUUUCGUGUACUAGCAAUGCAAAAAGGGGGAGAAGAUGGAUGGGACGUCCUGGGACAAUGAAUAAGGGAGAGAUGGAAGCUGUGGAAGGAUCAAAUUGUGUUUGUCGCUGGGAUUAGAAAGGUCAAAUCAGGACUAGCCGUCUUUGGUGCUG